GACUAAAGCGCGCGCGCGCAACUAUUUGUUCAGUAUUACUCCGGUACUCGUUGUGAACUAAUCAAUUAUUAGUAUAGUAAUAAUUUUAUUUAUUUAUUUAGUUUGUUAUAGUGCAUUUUUAAGUUAAGACAAUGUUCCGCUAUCUAGUCCUAUUCCUGGUGUGCCUACGUCUGGAAGUGACCAGCUAUUCGGACGCCAACGAGGUUAUCAGCGAACCAGAGCUGAUAUUAGCAUUCGUCGUGAACCGUCACGGCGACAGGUCGCCAGAUGCCGACGAGCUCUCAUUGUCAAAGAUCGCAGAUUAUCUUAAAAACCUCACCUAUAUAGAAGGGCUGGAAGGAUUAACAAAUACCGGCAAACGCCGCGCCUACCAGCUCGGCAAAUUCCUCCGCCAACGCUACGGAUCCCAGGGCCUUAAUAUCCUCUCCGACCUGUACUUGAGGGACGAACUAUCCGUCCGCUGCACGGACAAGGAGCGCACGAAGAUGACGGCCCUGGUGGCGAUGGCGGCGGCCUAUCCGCCGGAGCUGGGUCAGCAGUGGGACGACGGCAUUGGCAAAGUGUGGCACCCCGUGCCGUACACCACUGUUCCGCUCGAUCAAGACUAUUUACGCUUCUACUCCAGCUGCCCGCACUUCAUGUCACUCUUGGAAGACGCCAAGAUAGCGGCCGUCAACGAAGAAUUCGCGCCAUACUCCGACCUGAUCCCACUUCUGAUGACGGAGACCGGCCACAACUUCACAGAGAACCCGGUUCUGUUCCAGACAUUAGUGGAUUUGUUCAAAAGUCAGAUAAGCCUGGGUGUGGAUAUCCCGGAGUGGUCCAAACCUAUCCUGCCUCGCCUGACGGAAGCCUCUCGCCUUGCCUACAGGCUCUUCUUUAAAACUAAGGAUCUGAAGAUGAUCGGAGGAGGCGUCCUCCUCCACAAAUUCCUUGAGACUGCCAAAGCUGCAACCACCGGCAAUGCCUUCAAGAAGCUGAGCCUCGUCUCCGCCCACGACUACAACAUGGGCGGGCUGAUGGCCGUGUCGAGGGUCGCGGGCGACGAGCGGAUCAUGCCGGCCUACGCGUCGCUGUUCGCACUGGAGCUGUACAGAUCCAGGGGCGGCGUAUACAGUGUACUGCCGGUGUACCUAGAGCAAGCAGGGCAGAGCGCAGCAACUCACCUGCGUUUCCACAGCUGUCCGGACCCUUACUGCGAACUGGAGAAGUUCAAAGAGUUAACUCAGGAAUACGUGCUGCCUGAGAAAGAGUAUCACAAGAUGUGUAGCGUGAAAACUGAGUUAUAGUGGCCAUUUUGACAAAAGAGCUUCUAAAGUGGUGUUUAAAUUGUUCAACCGAAUUAAGUUACUGCUAUCGUUGUGCCUUCUAAUUUGUAAAAGGUUAAUAUGGAGAAAAGCCGCAUGAAAGGCAAGAACGGAUAUUGCAGUAAAGCCCCAUUUAGACGGUUCAAGAAUUUGCAUGCGAUUUUAAUAUGAAAACUAAUUUAAAUAUGUCUUAUCAAAGACAAGUUUUUAAUAAACACGUUUUUUCUUCAUAUUUCUAUUGACAGCUAGAACUGUUUAAAGAAACUUGCAUGCGAGUUGUCGCACCGUCCAAAUGAGCCUUUACGAAGUAGUUAGGUUGUGUUUGGUUUAUCUAAUUUUUAAUGACAAUGAAAAUUUCAACAAUUUGGCUUCCUGAACAAUUUUAACCACCUACUUUUAUUUUAGAAUACUAAAUAAAGACAACGAGUGAUGUAAAUUAUGCUUAAUUAUAUGAGUUAAUAAAUAUUAUAUUGAUAAAAAUAUGUUUAAUUAAUUAUAUCACUUUAUCUGUGAUAAUAAGUUAGUGACGUCGUUGGUAAUAACUUAGCAAGAAAUAUUUUUGAUCACUUUUUA